UUUCCUUUCAGUGUUUGUGUUAAGUUCUUGGACAUGCUUCAGACCUGGUUUAGAAAAUGCCACCACAGAAAAGAAAUAUUUAUAUAUUUCAUAUAUCAAAUGAAGUAAUCAAGAAAACGAUUAGAAAGCUAUGACAUCCAGUCUGUAACCAUAAAGUCUACACCACCUAUGAAAAAAUACGUUCUGUAAUUCAGUUUAUCUCCAAUAAAGCUAUAUGAUGAAAUUAAAUGUACAGUGGCAAAGCAGAUGUGGUUAGAUACAUUUAAAAAAUAACACACCAGUCUGUGUGCAUGUAACACGACAGGCACUGACAGCUAUAAAUAUGCUUUUGUAUCUUUACAUCAUAUAACUAUGUUGAUGUCUGCGGAAAUGCGUGACCGCUCGACCAUAUAAUUGCCAGCAGGAGGCGCCCGUCUAUCGGCAGUGCCUAGCUGAAUGUCCGUGCAGGUCUGAGAUUCGUCAAGUGCGCAGAAGGAAAGACAGAUACCGGAUGUUAUGUGACCAGUCACUCAGAAUAAAAUACUACAUGUACGUGCGCUGCGGUGGAGAACUAUUGACAUUUUUGUUUUCCUUCGUUACUUAACCUGUCGCAAAUGAGAGCGAGUGUAAGGUGCACUGUGUGUUUUAUGUGAGACAUGUAGGGCGUGAUCACUCACUGUGAAAAUGUACAGUCAGUAGGUCUGACAUGGAUUUGGAUGUAUUGCGUGAAAUUGUCAUUUUAAGAAUGAUGGAGGGUGUGUAAAUGCUCAGUGGAGAAUCUGUUUUUAACUUAAGUUUUUAAUGUAUGUAUUUAAGGUCAGACCUUUAUUUCGAAAAUCAACACGGAAGCUCGUUGCACCCGGGUCAACUUGACGGCAUUUUGUGUCGUGCCUGAAAGGACUGUGAAGUCUUGCAGCGGUUCAGACUUGAGGAGUGACAACUUACGAUGGCGGGUGCUCUUCAUCUGUUUGCUCUUCGUUCUUCCCGGUUCUCUGGACGGAGGCGACAGCUGCUGGGCUGAGCUCACAGCCGGUUCAUUUCCCUCGCCACAGGAAAAGCCCAGCCGCCAAAAAACUCCUGCGAGGGCAGCUUUGGAUAUUCAAGGACAUUUUAACGUUACCAUAGCUACUUUGGCCUUUUCUGUCGAUUGAGGAAAUCCAGCGUGCUGUUCUCCGGCGCAAUGAUGUGUCCAGAUUUUGUAAACACGGCCAGAAACGGCGGCUGAUAUCAUAUAAAGACAUCCCGCGGCUGAUGAUGUUUCUCUGCGUGUCAUCUUUACAUGUCGUACCCGCACCCCUUCCCCUGCUGAAGGGCCAAACAAACGGCGAGGUAAAGGAAAUCAACGGCUGACUUUCGAUGCGUCCGUCUCAAUCAUGGCAUCGUUUCCAGACCUCGUCAAGUCGGCGGCUGCUUCGUGCUGAAGGAAAAUCGUGUUACUGGUAAAAAAAAAAAAAAAAGAAAAGAAAAGAAAAAAAAAGAAAGAAAGAAAAGAAAAAAGUAGUGAGCCCGAAGCUCAAGGAAAGGCCGAUGAACUUUGGUUUGCUGAGUGCUGGAGUGUGGUGAAGCCAGAGGUGCAUCGCUGGCGUGCAUCAGGUCCAGGAACCAUCAAUGUGGACUUCAGCUGGUGAUUUGACAAGUCACAUAUAGGAGCCCCCGGAGCCUCUCCUGUCCCCUCUCCCCCUCCCUUCCCUCUGUCCCUCCCCCCCCCCCUUCCCUUGUCAGUCUUCUCCCUAAUUCCCCUUCCCCCCUUCUCCAAGAUUCACCAUGCUUAUCAAGGAGUACCGCAUCCCCAUGCCCAUGAGUGUGGAGGAGUACCGCAUCGCCCAGCUCUACAUGAUCCAGAAAAAGAGCAGAGAAGAGAGCUGUGGUGAAGGUAGUGGGGUGGAAAUCCUAGAGAAUAAGCCCUACACAGAUGGACCAGGUGGGAUAGGCCAGUACACCCACAAGGUCUACCAUAUUGGCAUGCAUAUUCCUAGCUGGUUCCGCUCCAUCUUGCCCAAAGCGGCACUGAGAGUUGAAGAGGAGUCCUGGAACGCCUACCCUUACACCCGCACCAGAUACACCUGUCCCUUUGUUGAGAAGUUCUCCAUUGAUAUUGAAACGUACUACAAACCUGACACAGGCAACCAAGGAGAUGUAUUCAACAUGUCUGCAGCAGAGAAGCGGCAGAGGACUAUUGACCCAAUCGACAUAGUGACAGAUCCCAUCCCCCCUCAUGAGUACAAAGCAGAGGAGGACCCGCGGCUCUACAAGUCAGUCAAGACCCAGAGGGGUCCUCUGCAAGAUGACUGGAUAGAGGAGUACAACAAUAACCCAGGGAAGACCCCCAUCAUGUGUGCCUACAAAUUGUGCAAGGUGGAGUUCCGCUACUGGGGCAUGCAGUCGAAGAUUGAACGCUUCAUUCAUGAUGUUGGACUGAGAAAGGUGAUGGUGCGUGCCCACCGGCAGGCCUGGUGCUGGCAGGACGAGUGGUACGGUCUGACCAUAGAGGACAUCAGGCAGCUGGAGCUGGAAACCCAGCUGGCCCUGGCCAGGAAGAUGGCUCAGUUCAGUCAGGCAGAGGAGGCCACUGAGGCCAACGGAGGUGCCCCAUGUCCGGACAAAGACCAAGAGGUUAAAGAGGCGAUCAGCUCCAUUGAGGCUGAGGAGGUGGUUGUCAGCUCAGCGGGAGAGACUCUCCAGCCACGAGGUGUACUCACCAAGCAGUGGUCCACCUCCUCCCGAUCAUCCCGCUCAUCCAAGAGAGGAGUGAGCCCGUCACGUCACAGCAUCUCAGAGUGGAGGAUGCAGAGCAUAGCACGAGACUCCGACGACAGCUCGGACGAGGAGUUCUUUGACGCUCAUGAGGAUCUCUCGGACGGUGAGGAGGUCUUCCCAAAGGAGAUUGCCAAGUGGAACUCCAAUGACCUCAUGGACAAGAUUGAAGCCGCAGACACAGAGGAAACUUCUGGUGAGCUGUUCAAGGAAAUGACCGUGGAUUAUGAAAGGGCAACCAGUGAGGAAAGACUAGAUGAGGAGAGCUCGUCCCAGCAGUGCCUGCAGCCCUCCAAGAUCCAUGUGCUGAUCUUGGUUCUGCAUGGGGGGAACAUCCUGGAUACAGGCGGAGGGGACCAGAACAGCAAGCAGGCGGACGUCAACACGAUUAGUACGGCUUUUGACACAGUCAUGCGUGUUCACUACCCUGCUGCGCUGGGACGCAUCGCCAUCCGCUUGGUACCCUGCCCUGCCAUCUGUGCCGAGGCUUUCUCCCUGGUGUCCAACCUGAGCCCUUACAGCUAUGAUGAGGGUUGUCUGUCCAGCAGCCAGGACCACAUCCCGCUGGCAGCUCUGCCCCUCCUGGCCACGUCUGCUCCACAGUACCAAGAGGCUGUGGCCACCGUCAUCGUCAGAGCCAACCAGGUGUACACCGAUUUUCUAAAGUCUCUGGAUGGGUCUGCCUUCUCUGGCCAGGUAUGCCUCAUUGGGGACUGUGUGGGAGGAAUCUUGGGAUUUGAUGCUCUGUGCAGCAGCAAUCAGACAGUAAACGAAAGCCAGAACAGCAGUCGCAGGGGCAGUGUUGUCAGUGUACAGGAUCAGGACCUCCUCUCUCCUGGCAUCAUUGUCAACAGCGGGCACGGGUCAUCUUCUCCGACCCUGGAGGGCAGCCGCCACCUCAGUCGCAGUAACAUCGACAUCCCUCGUGCUGGUGCAGGUGACGACACCAAGAGACAACUGCCACGCAAGAGAAGUGACUCCUCCACCUACGAACUGGACACAAUAAAACAACACCAGGCCUUCCUAUCUAGCUUACACUCCAGUGUCUUGCGGAACGAUGCAGCUUCACGCAGGUCGAGCAGCAGCACUAUGCUGGAUGGAGGCUCCCUGGGGAAGUUUGAAUUUGAGGUGUCUGACUUUUUCCUCUUUGGCUCUCCACUUGGCUUGGUACUUGCCCUGAGAAAGACUGUCAUCCCUAUGUUAGAUGUGGCCCAGCUGCGACCCGCCUGUCAGCAGGUCUAUAACCUGUUCCAUCCGGCCGAUCCGUCAGCCUCUCGCCUGGAGCCUCUACUGGAGAGGAAAUUUCACCUUCUGCCUCCCUUCAACGUGCCCCGUUACCAACGCUUUCCCCUGGGGGAUGGAAACUCUGCCCUACUGGUGGAGACAGUCCAGAGCAACGCUCAGCUGCUACUUGACAGCGGGCCUCCUCUGUCCCUUCGCUGUCAGGAGACCAUCAGCGAGACCUGCAUCCCUGUGCCUGUGCUAAACUGGCAAGAGGGCUCCCUCAAAGCCACACCCGCCACUAUGGAGUCGGAUGUUGUUCAGUCUCAUGGUGGUGUCUUCAUGGACAGUUCGUACCCCUCAUCCCCCGUAACGGGCCCCCUCUCCCGGGGCCAGCGGAGGGCCAGUGAGGUCAGCAUUGCCAGCCAGGUCUCAGGAAUGGCAGACAGUUACACUGCCACCAACAUAGCCAACACCAAAUCAUGCCAAUUUAGCCAAUCCAAAAAGUUCAGCCUUUUGUCCCAGCUCGCCCUAUCAUCACAAAAUAAAUUCUUCCUGAAAAGUCCUCCUAAGUCUCGUAAGAAAGCAGUGGCUGGCCAGGCCGCAGAAUCUCCUGAUGCAGAUCUAGGGGCAGAACUGGAUGGUGAGGCAGACUGUAGUGAAGGUCUAAGUCCCACUGGCCAGUACGAGAACUGCCUGUCAGCGGGGCUGGACUGUGCUAUAUCUGAUCUGGUCUCACUGGACUCCCAGGCUGAAGUGGAUCAAGUUGCAGCACGGUGGUGGGGCACAAAGCGGCUGGACUUUGCCCUGUACUGCCCCGAUGCUCUGACCGCUUUCCCCACAGUGGCUUUACCGCACCUCUUCCAUGCAUCAUACUGGGAGUCCACUGACGUUGUGUCUUUUCUCCUGAGACAGGUAAUGAGGCAUGAAAACUCCAGCAUCCUGGAGCUUGACGGGAAAGAAGUGUCUGAAUUCACCCCCUCCAAACCACGUGAGAAGUGGCUCCGCAAGAGGACUCAUGUAAAGAUCAGGAAUGUGACUGCCAACCAUCGGGUGAAUGAUGCAGUGUUCACUGAAGACAGCCAGCAGGUUGUGACAGGUCGCUUCAUGUACGGCCCCCUGGACAUGGUCACUCUUGCUGGGGAGAAGGUUGACCUUCACAUCAUGACCCAGCCUCCAUCAGGAGAAUGGGUGUACUUCAACACAGAGGUGACCAACAGCAGUGGCCGUGUGUCCUUUAUCAUCCCAGAAGACAAGCGUCUGGGCAUCGGAGUCUACCCAGUUAAAAUGGUUGUCAGAGGUGACCACACGUUUGCAGACAGCUACCUGACAGUUAUUCCACGUGGCACAGAGUUUGUGGUAUUCAGUAUUGAUGGAUCUUUUGCUGCUAGUGUGUCAAUCAUGGGAAGUGACCCCAAAGUGCGGGCAGGAGCUGUGGAUGUUGUCAGGCACUGGCAGGAUUUAGGCUAUUUGAUCAUCUAUGUGACAGGGCGUCCAGACAUGCAGAAGCAGCGGGUGGUGGCUUGGUUGUCUCAGCACAACUUCCCUCAUGGCAUCGUCUCCUUCUGUGACGGCCUGGUCCACGACCCGCUAAGACACAAGGCCAACUUCCUCAAGGCCUUGACAGAGGCUCACCUGAAGAUUUUUGCUGGCUACGGAUCAACCAAAGACAUCUCAGUCUACACCUCCAUUGGCCUCCCUCCCUCCCAAAUAUACAUUGUCGGCAGACCUUCUAAGAAGAUGCAGCACCAGUGCCAGUUCAUCACAGAGGGAUAUGCAGCUCAUUUGUCCCAGCUGGAGUACAACCACCGUUCUCGGCCAGCCAAGUCCAGCAGCGCACGCAUGGUGCUGCGUAAAGGCAGCUUCGGCUUGGGUGCAAACAGCGACUUCCUCAGGAAGAGGAACCACCUGCUGCGCACCAUCUCCUCCCAGCCAGCCCCCAGUUCCCCAACAGGCAGCAUCCACAACAGACCAGAACGCACGCAGAGCCAAUCAGACAGCGAGCGGCUGGAGCGGGAGCGGCUGGAGCGCGGUCACAGCCACAGCCAGGGAGCGACCCAACGCAGCAUGAGCAUCACGGCGAGCUGCUGGGGCCGCAGCAGUAGCACCAAGCUGGAACCAGGAGUUCUCAGCCCAAAAUGAAAAAAAAAAAAAUAGAGAGACAAUGUGAGAGCACCUUCGGGAGAGUGACUUAUAGAUACAGUGCUAAGGAAGAGACAUGUGACAUUAAGAUAAAUGGAAAGAGUGAAAAUCAGUCGGCUUGCACCAGAUGGGUAAUUACCACAAGGAAAAUCAUAGGUGCUACAAACCACUCUUUAUAAAACUAAUGCCAGUCACACUUAUGGACACAAGCUAUGGCUAUAUUUAUUAUAAAACACACAACUCAACAGGCAUUUCAAGAAGCAUCUUCCUGAAGCAGGAACAUGCACAGAAACAAACAUAGCUAAUAUUGUAGGAAUCCAGACUGUUUGUACUGUUUAGUAAAUAUUUAUCAGUCUUGAAUACAAGGUCAGUUUUCCUCCUACAACAGGUUUUAGAUUGGAGAUGGUUACACAUAAAAGCACCCCCAUGCUGUGUACUGCAGCAAACAACACAAAGUGGUUACAGACAACUCGUAUCAGGUCCACAUUUCUGAUACUGCACUGCAGCUGAAUACUGUGGCCACUGCAAGCACAACAAUUACUACAGAGGCAAACUUUGUGAAUAGUAGUUUUAAAGCUAUGUCCUUUUUAUGUGAUAAUCAGAUACAUUGUAGUCUGAGAGGAGAGCUGAGAAUCAGGUCAAACUGGACUGAAUGUGUUUGUUUUCCAGGUGUGACCACACAAUCAUUUAGCCCAAAUUAAUAUUUGUCUGAUUUUUUUGAGAAAAUCAUUCUCAUUUAUCAACAAUACAGAGUGAAGUUGGUGAUCUGUAAGCCAUCUAAUAAGGGUUAGAUCAAGAGCUGCUACAUCUUGCCAUUUAAAUGACAACGACUAAACAAUGUGUCACCAAACCAUACAGUCCGGUUUUGCUUGUUUUCUCAUCGUCCCUCAGACCAAAGAACCAUCCAGAUAUCACAUCAAGCAAACCAUGAAAUUACCCUUUAACUAUGGCUGCAGCUAAAACUGUUCCUGGGUUUUUAUAGCAUUCCACCACAUCACACCAUACUGCGCUGCUGUACCUUCCUACAUAAGUAACGUAUGACUCAGCUAUAGGGAAAACUCCUACUACUGUACGGUUAAUGUGCCAAAGUAAACAGUAUAGAAUGAUAUGCUGUACAUGAACAGAGAGGAAAUGAUGAGGGUCUGCUGUAUAAAAAAUGGAAUAGAUUGUGUAACUAUGUAGUUGAAUGCCUUAACAAGGCUUGUACAUAAUUGUUAUAUUACAGUGCAGAUCUGGUAUCUGGUCCACUGAAGACCAGUUUCAAGUGUCUUCUUUCCUCUGGGGGUAAACACCACCUCAUUCAGGAUACACUUUAUUGAUUGAUUAUGAUAAUUAUUGUUAUUUAAGAUUAUAGAUAUUUUAAAAUGUAUUGAUUUUGUGAACAAAACGUGUUUUAAGAUUAUUUAGCUAUGUUGUGUUUUUUUUUUUUCUCUUCAAACUUCCGUUGCAACAGCCAAAACUCAAAGAGGUCUUUGCCUGGCACAGUAUUGCAUUUUUAUUCUUUUAUCUUGCAGAUCACCAGAAUUGUAUCAACAGAACUGCUAUCUUGUGUCAUAUAUUGUAUGUUUGUUAUUAUCUAUUUUGGAAAUUUGGGAUAUGGCUUCUCUCUGGUUAUCCCUAAGCUGUAAAUGAGGCGUUGAAUGUGCUCAUAGAUAAUCCUCCUUAGGUUAAGGUCUCUUUCUCUGUUCUGCUGCGCCUUUAGAGGAAGAAAAAUCUGCAAAUUGUAAAUUCUGUACAAUAUGCUAUCAGACGUAGGAACACAGAGCUAAGAUUUACUUUAUGCUGUUGGCCAUUUAUUUCUGAUUUAGUCAUACAGAUGAUGUUUAAUUGUCCUUCUAACAGGCAUGUACAGAGCUGACUGCAAUGGACCAACAUGGGCUGAAACAUAAGGGGAAAUGUGCAAUAUUACCCAACCACACCACAAGAUCAAACAGACUGUACUGAAGAAACGUCACAGUGCAUUGACAAUCAGUUGAACAGGCACAUAUUCUACAGACGUCAAACUGCAGAGCGUAUCUCAACAUGUCUCGGCGCUACACACAAACGCACACAAAUGUGAGUCCAUUUUACAAAGAAGAGAUUUCUCACAAUAAAGUGCCACUGACCUGAUAAUGCUAUGGGAUAUUACAGUAGGUUUUCUCCUGUGGACACAUGCUCUGUCUUUUUUUUCUUUUUGUUGUGAUGUUUCCAUUCCAGCACAUAACAUUUACUGUAAGAGUGACACAGAAAUCACCCAUUAAUUGCCAGUUUAUUAGGUACACUUAGCUAAAAAUAAUGCAGUCUAAUACAACAGCCCUGCAAUAAAACCUACCUUUAUGAAGGUCAUAAUGUUCAGUAUUUGUCUAGAAAAGUGUUAGUUAAAAGUGAAAGGUCAUUUUGGAGGCUUCAGUUUGUGAUGCUGUUGCAUUGUAUUGUGUUACACCAAGUGGAGUUUCUAUUGUUUGGUCCACCUCACAUCAGUGAGGGUAGACUAAAUAUUACACAACUGAGUGAACAUCCUUGUGCAAAGGUACCUAUAACCUCCCUAACGAGGACUGUUUCUUUUGUCCUGUAAUUCAUACUGUUCUACUGUCCCUCUGCAUUUUGACUUUUCAAGAUUCGGCUUGAAGCCAUAUUGACUACUCUUUGGAAAGCUGCUAUUUAAAUAAUGGCUGUUUGUACAUUCAUAGUAAUUAGAAAAAAUAAGAACAGGCAAUGCUGGAAAAUAUGCACUCAUGUAAAGCUGACAACUACUGAACCAUUUUCCCUUCCUCAGAGAUCUGAAUUGCCUGGAUAUGAAAAUCCAGAGAAUGUAAAGGCAAAGCGGUGCGGUUUGGAUACCUCUGGGCAGACACUUGCUUCAAUUCUGCUACUGACAGGCACAUUACCAGAGGCCUUACAUUUCCCUUUUCUGCCUUACAUUGACCAUUGUGUUUCGAGGCCUAGAAUGAACGACUUUGUGGAAAAGGAUAGACUGUUCAUGUUGACUUUGUGGAAAUAGGAAAAGGCCAUAUUUUCUUAAAAGGCUGUGUUUUGUUUUCACUUUAAAGGAAAUGUACAAAGGAGAGAUCUGUUUGACGAAUUCCACCAACAUUAGGUAAUCCAUCACUGUCUCAAGCUCUGCGCCCGGGUUAAUGCAAUGCCACAACUGUUUCAUCAACGGUUUGCAUUCACAGACUGUAUAUACACAACAUACCUUGGUAAAUUAAGCUUGGAAAUAUUUUCAUCGUACAGGGUGUGUAUCUUCUAGGUUUUGGAUAACUUCAUUUUAUCCAUUCCCUUGUGUUUUUAUGUACAGUGUAUAAAGAACAUAUAAAGAACAA